AUGGCAUCAGACCUGGAACAGCUCAUUGAGAUGGGCUUUGACAAAGAGCGCGCCCAGAUCGCAGUAACAAAAACCGGCGGCUUGCAGGGUGCACUGCAGUGGCUCGAGGACAACCAAGACAAGACUUUGGAGGAGAUUCAGGCACAGGCACAGGUACAAGACGAAGAGAACCCCGCACUUCAACCAGGCGAACAACCACGAAGCUUGGUGUGCAAUGACUGUGGCAAGAAAUUCCGAGGCCAGUCACAGGCCGAGUUCCAUGCAUCCAAGUCGGGCCACGUCGAUUUUGCGGAGUCCACAGAGGAGAUUGCUCCAUUGACCGAAGAGCAGAAGAAGGAGAAAUUGGCAGAGCUACGAGAGAAGCUUGCCGCGAAGCGGGCAGGAACAUCUGAACAGGACAAAAUCGACAAGAGGCGAAAUGAGGAAAUCCGAAGGAAGAGCACCAAAGAGACCCAGGAUGCGAAGGAGGACCUUGAGCGCAAACAGCAAAUGAAGGAGGCAGCAAAGAAGAAGAAGGAGAAGCAGGACGAGAUUGAGGCGAAGAAGCGCAUCAAGGCGAAGAUCGAGGCUGACAAGGAGGAGCGACGGUUAAAGGCCGAGCAGCAGCGAGCGGAGCGUGCCGGUGUGGCGGUUCCCCAGCCUGCUGCUCAAGCACCCGCCCCAUCUAAGCCUGCUUCUGCCUACACUGAAUCUCGUUUGCGAUUUCAAUCCUCCAAGGGUAACAUCAUGAAGACAUUGCCCGUGGACACCACUUUGUUCGAAGUUGCUGCCGCCUUGAAGGAGCAGGAUGGAAUUGAGGUCCAGAGCUUCUUGCAGAACUUCCCCAAGAAAGUGUUUGAUGCCGAAUUCUUUGGCGAGACCUUGAAGGAGCUGGGACUUGUGCCCAGUGCCAGUCUCAUCAUUCAAUGA